GAUGGGGCGAUCCUUAUCAGUAUGUCACUGACUCAAACAACAACGGUUUAACUACGGAGAAAUCAAGCUGGGUCGGACCUAACCCAGCCGUUUACUGUCUCUGCUCAUCAACAGAGGUUUGAUUCGAUUGUAAGCGAGAGUUCUUGGCCCUUGGAAGUUCCAUCUGGGUUUGUAGAAAACUUACGGUUAAAGAAAUGCUGUGCAGCAUCAUUUCUCUUGUGUUCUUGGUAGGGGCAGCCCAAAGUUUCCGUAGCGUGUGUUACUACACCAACUGGUCCCAGUACACCACCGGAAAAGGCAAAUUCCUCCCCGAAAACAUAGACACCAGCCUCUGCACGCACAUACUCUACGCCUUCGCUAAAGUCGAGGGAACUCAGAUCAAACCUUAUGAGUGGAAUGAUGAUGAAAUGUAUGCCAGAGUGAUAGCACUGAAGAGCAAGAGCCCAAACCUCAAGGUGUUGCUGUCCAUAGGUGGCGCCACAGCUGGCUCCGCCCCCUUCACCCACAUCGUCCACGACUCCUCCACCAGGGCCGCCUUCAUCACGUCCGCCAUUAACUACCUGAGACAAAAACACUUCGACGGUCUGGACGUGGACUGGGAAUAUCCUGCCCAGUUUGAGAGUCCGGCAUCGGACAAGCAGAAGUUUCUGCUUCUCAUGCAGGAGUUGAAGAGCCACUUCCAGAGCGAGGCUUCGAGCAGCGGCAGACCUAGGCUUCUCCUGACUGGUGCAUUCCCAGCAGGCAAGAGCCAUAUUGACCAGGGAUAUGAUAUUGCUGGAUUAGCGGCAGCCAUGGACUUCAUUAACAUAAUGACGUACGACUUCCACGGAGAUUGGGACAACACGGUGGGCUUCAACAGCCCGCUUUACGCCCACCCUAGUGAGACCGGAUGGCAAACUCAGCUAAACUUGGACUGGGUGGCCAGGUACUACGUGUCCCUGGGGGCACCCAAAGACAAGCUCAACAUCGGCAUCGGCACCUACGGCCGCACCUUCCAUCUGGUCAACACCAACCAACACACCAUCGGCUCCCCGGCCAGCGGCGGCGGCACCCCCGGGCCGUACUCCAAGUCUGCCGGCUGGCUGUCAUACUACGAGAUCUGUGAUCUGAUCAAAGCGGGGGCCACGCCAGUAUUUGAGACCCACCAACGGAACCCGUAUAUUAUCCAGGGCAGUAACUGGAUCGGUUACGACAACCAGCAGAGCGUGAAAGAAAAGACCUGCUACGCCAAGAAGAACGGCUACGGUGGAGUCAUGUUCUGGGAGCUAAGUCAAGAUGACUUCACCGGUCAGUCAUGUGGUCAAGGGAAGUAUCCGCUCUUCAGUGCAGCCCAUGCGGUCAUACAGAACACAGCCACUGCUGGCUGCCCCUAGACAUACGAAUUACAUCCCCUACACAGCCAGCCACGUCGAGAUGGUUCCCAGCACAGAGAAGCUUGUUGUUAACAAUUAAAAUCUCUUUAAAGA